GGUCCAAUGAAAUUGACACAGGCUGACAAAAUACUUGAUAAUGCUAAACUUGAAAGCGGGUUUAAGUUAGCAUCAAAUGAGCUAUUCCAUACUGGAAAAGUUUUUCAAGCAAGGAAGAAGAGUGAAAACAUACAGCUAGCCAGUAUGCGUAAAGUUGUGGUUAUGAGCACAGCAAAGCCGUGUCCCUGUUCUUUUGCAAUUGUCAUUCCAUGUCAAGCAAUCUGAUCCUUUAAAUCUUUGAUCUGAUGUAACAAGAUGGAAUUUUGAGUUUUUGUUGGCAGGGUCAAGCUUGAGAGACUCUUGAAUCAUGAAGUUUAAAGAAGGGAAUUUGGUGGAGGUUUUAAGAAGAGACCAUGAGCCAUGUGGUUCGUGGUUUCCCGGAAGUGUAGUUUCGGCCCGUGGCAAUUAUUGUAAAAUUAGGUACAAAUCAGUUUCGGACAACAAGGGAGAGCCAGUUAUGGAGAAGGUGCGUGAGGAGGAUGUCAGGCCUCAGCCCCCUCAUAAAAAAAGGAAAAGAUGGAUGGUUGGUGAUGUUGCUGAGAUAUUUGAUUUUCAAUGCUGGAGAGAAGGAAAAAUUGCAAAGGUGUUGAAUAAUAACCUCUUUGUUGUGAGGCUGUUCGGGUCCAUCCAACUCAAAGAAUUUCAUGAAUCGAGCAUAAGGAUUCAGCAGGCCUGGCAUAAUAAUAAUUGGUCGGUGAUAGGAAAGGUUACUCAAAAUAUAGAACACUCCAAAAAAUGUGCAGAAAAUAAGUCAAAGCAUUCUGGUAGCUUGGUGCGAAGGGCUCUGGUACCAGUGACGAGGAAAGAUCCAUGCUUACUAGAGAAAGAUGGACAAAAACACCUUAAAGAUGGACAGCAUAAUGUCAAAAUGGGUCUUGACCAGCAUCAUCUUGAAAGAUCUUCAAAGGACCUGGUUUCUUGUAUGGAAGGAUGCCACAAGCAACUUGUACGGAAUCUUCCUUUUUUUAAGCGGGCAGACAACAUUUCUUCUGAAAAAUUAAUAGCGGAUGAGAAAUUUAAGGGAUCUAGUGAGAUGAAUGCCAACAUGGUAAAAGCAACUACUUAUACUUCUUCCAGGCCUCUUUUGACUGCAGAUAGCAACCAAAGUUCUGUUGCUAGCUGCAGUUCUAAUGGCUUCGCCGACUCCUCCAGUCAUAAUUUCCAAACACCAUUGGAUAAUGCAUCCCAUAGGUCAGAUGCCGAGUCAUCAUUUGUUUCCUUUUCUUUCAUCAAGCGUUUAACUCCUUAUUUUGAACAAAAGCUAGAAGCUGAAAUCCAUGAGCUAGAGUUUCAUGCUUAUCGGUCAACUGUGCAGGCAUUAUAUGCCUCAGGUCCCUUAAGUUGGGAGCAAGAGUCACUCCUAACAAAUCUUCGCCUAUCCCUUCACAUUUCAGACGAGGAACAUCUUCUCCAUCUGAGGCAACUAUUGUCCACUCAGGUCCUGUAAUCAUCUUCUUUUCUUCAUCACCUUUUUCUUUGUAGGUCUACACAAUGAUAACUCUGGAAUUGGUUCCAGCUGAUUUCAAACUACUUCAUGGUUGGUGGCCUCGUUUCAACUUCUGAUUGUACAUCAAUGUUCCCGUGUACAUUGUUUUGAAAUAUUCUUGUUUCUGUUCCUGAUGCUUGCUAAUGAUAGAAAUCCUUGUCUUGCA